CCGCUGGUACGGUCCCCGCGCACUCGGCGGCGGUCGUGGGGACCUUAGUGCGGUGCUGGAGUUGGUGGUGGAGGGCGAGUGAGCGGGCGGCUCUGCAGCCCAUGGGAGUGGGCGGUGCAGCGUGAGCCGUCCGCCGCGAGUGGGCAGGGGGCAGGCGGAGGGGCGGCAGAUCGGCCGGCGGGGGGGUGCCCCGUUGCUUGCGGCCGCCAUGGAAGUGUGCGAGAGCGGCGGGGAGCAGCCGCUGCUGCUGCACUGGGACCGCAAACUAAGCGAGCUGUGCGAGCCCGCCGACCCCGACACCCUGCUGUGCCACACGCACUUCACAGAGUUCCUGGAUGAGUUUUCACCUGAUGUCUUAGGCCAGCUUUUGAAUGAUCCCUUCUUGUCUGAGAAGAAUGAAAUAAUGGAGGUGGAACUGUCUCCAGCAUCCCCAGCACCUCUCAUCCAGGCAGAACACAGCUACUCGCUCUGCGGGGACUCCAGACCUCAGUCUCCCUUGACCCACAUCUCAACUGAUGACAACUUUAACGAAGGUGACCUGGAAAAUGAGGAAUGGUGUCUGGCUACAGAGCUUAGUCCAGCAGCGAUAAAGACUGAGCCGGCGUUAUGCGAGACAUCAGGCCUUGCUCCCUCAGUCAGUCUCACUGUCACGGCCACGUCGCUGGAGGGGGAACAACCUGAGCUACAGACAGAUGCCCUGAUGAAGCCACUAAGCCAGAAAGUUCUUCCAGAGAUUAAAUUGGAGCCCCAUGAAGUGGAUCAGUUUCUGAACCUCUCUUCUAAGGAAGCAGUGGAUCCCCUGCAUUUGCCUCCAACCCCUCCCAGCAGCCACGGCAGUGAUUCUGAAGGAGGACAGAGCCCGGCUCGAUCGCUCCCUCCUUCAAGCCCAAUUCAACUCCAGGCCACGGCGAAAGUGGCAUCACGUACGGCUUCAGCACUCUCCAAUUCCCCUCUCCUGACUGCACCACAUAAAUUACAGGGGACUGGCCCCCUCAUCCUGACAGAGGAGGAGAAGAGGACACUGAUAGCAGAGGGGUACCCAAUCCCUACCAAACUGCCCCUAACAAAAGCAGAAGAGAAAGUGCUGAAGAAAAUCCGCAGGAAAAUAAAGAAUAAGAUCUCUGCCCAGGAAAGUAGAAGAAAAAAGAAAGAAUACAUGGACAGUCUGGAAAAAAAAGUUGAGACCUGUUCAAAUGAAAAUAGUGAGCUGCGUAAGAAGGUUGAAGUCCUGGAGAAUACUAACAGAACACUUCUGCAGCAGUUGCAGAGACUCCAAGCCGUGGUUGCUGGGAAAGUGUCCCGUUCAUGUAAGGCAGCUAGCACACAGACAGGGACCUGUCUCAUGAUGGUGGUGCUGUGCUUUGCGGUAGUUUUUGGCAGUUUCUCUCAGAGCUAUGGGCCGUAUCCUUCUGCCACAAAGAUGGUGUUGCCCAGGCAACAUUCCUCUCCAGAGUCCUACACAGACUCCAUCGUGAGGUCAAGGAGCCUGCUAAUUUAUGAGGAGUCUCACCAAGUGGAGGAGUCGUCAAGCCCGAUCUCCUUUGCAGAUCGCAAUGACAGGCAAGCAGACACCUCCAAGUACCCAGCACUGUCACUGGCAGCCAUGCCAGGCACACAGCAGGAUGAUAUCAUGCAGUUCACAAUAGCCAAUGAGACGAGGCUGGAGAAAUCAGUGCUGCUGGGCCUGCAGCAGCACAGAGUCAACUCUGAACUCGAAGGAAAUGAAACACUGAAGAUAAUUGAAAUAGAUAGAAGAGUCAAUGCCACCUCUUAAAAAUAAAAAAGGCCUUUUUUCUUGACUUUCCUCUUUCCCACAUAUUUUCAACCAAAGUCCCCCUACUUGUCAUCCUCAGUGAACCAAAGCACAAAAGAGAGAGAGUUCAACUUCUGCAUUGAUUGGUGAGGCUGUGACUGCAGAUGGGAUUUCUUGUCUUUGUAACUCCCUUCCUCACUUCACACACAGUCCCUGUCUUUGCUUUUAUUCCUUUUCUGUCUGCUACUGCAAGGGCAGGAUUGAAUUAUGAUGGCAGAUGAUGCCAGAUGCCAGCAGUGUGCCGGUGACUGGUGGGUGGAUGUGUGCGUGCACACAUCCUAAUCUGAGCACAAAGACAUUCUGUGAGAGUGACAUGUGCAAAAUCGAUGGGAGCAUGUGGGUGAUAGGAGAGAAAGAGGAGAUGCAGCACGAUGCUGUUCAGAAUCUAUCCACAGCUUCAUGCCUACUGGUCUACAGCACUUGAGCCUUUUAGGGGAAUUGAGAAGCACACGUGUAGCCUCCUUCCGAAGGGACAAGAAAGGGCCCUGAAAUUGCUGAGUUAACAGCACAGACAGAAGGAGGGGUGGGCAAUGAUGAUGCCAAAUUAUCCUCCCCUGACUCUUUCUCUUCUCCUCUCCAGCUUCUUUAUCAUUUAGUAGGGUAGGUUUCUCUCUGGCUGGAAAGCAGUCCUGGUAGGCUUCCCUACUGCUUCUACCCUUGUGGAAUUCAAGCAAAGACCAGUUGCUGCCUUGUCACGCUUUGUGAGGGAGAAUUAGUUAGUUUAACUAAAUCUGUUUAGAAAGCAGGUUCUGUUAAAUUUAUGCAAUGUUUUGGAUGGAUAUCCUUUAGUCUGCUUAAGGCUAAUCUGUUUAGCCUAUAUCAGUUCCUUCCCAGAAAACUAAAUCAAUGUAAGGCUUAAACCAGAAGUGCCUCCUGAGGGGACCAUAUGGAUUUUAUUUAUUGGCUUCUAGGUGCAUGGAUGGAAUUUCUUAUGUAGACUUGGUCUCAGACUGUCAAGUGUUUUCCUUUCCUUGCCAUCUUCCUAUUACUGUUGUAAAUAGUAUUUAUUAGCUCUGCAAAAUUUUGUUCAGGCAGUCACGACGAGUCGAGGUUCCCUAACCUGGCAAGUGGUCUGGGCAAACUCUGAAACUGGACUCACAAAUAUCACUGAACACAUGUUCCCUUCCCCCAAACUUGAGUUGCCCUAAAAUAGGGCCAUGUGUCAUAGCAUCCUCUUAACCUCCUUUUCCAAAGAUGUGAUCUUAGACCAACUGCUUAGCUGGAGAGAUGGGUUACAGGUAGCCUAGGCUACGCACAGCCUCUGACCUGAGGAGUUAAGUAUGUAAGCAGAAGACAAAGUAAAAGAGGAGCAAGAUGGACACACAAGGAGGUGAAGUGACUGGCUCGAGUUCAGUGGAAAAGCCAAGAGCAGUGUUCAGACCUGAUCCUGCUUCAGUAUACUUCUCCCUGCAGUUUUUAUCUCCUUGUCCCAUGUAGCUGUUGCCUUGAAGGGUUCCCCCUCUCUCAGUAGCCUGAUUGUGCCUUUGCUUCUUGCAGUUUGUCCUUGUAGUGGCACAGUUGAACCUACCCCAGGAUUUGAGCAGGGUUUUAUUUGGUCACUACAAAAGGGCAAUCAGACUCCACUGAGGAUGGAUUUAACGUGAAAAUCCUAAUUCAGCAGGCCAGCAUAGCUACUUUACAGUUUACCAGAAGUCAAUUUUAAAAAGAAUAAAGAAUUUUGGAACUCUUUUUUUCUUUUAUUUCUUUUUUCCUAAUGAUAAAUAAGGGAAAAACUAACCUAGCCUUACAAGUAAUUUUUUACCAUGUACAGUAGAUAUUUCCUGCAAGUAUUCUAUUUUGUAAAAUAUUUGAUUUGUAUUUUAUUACAGCAGCUGCCAGAGCAGCUCCUUCUUGUUCUUCAUUCUCCUUAGACUUUCUUCCUUCGAUAUCCUAUUUGCUGCUCUCAGGCAUGACUCAAAACUCAGUGAAAUGAAUGGAAAGAGUUUGGUGAAUUACAGGAGGCUGUGGAUCAGUCCUCACAAUGCCAUUUUAAGGUGUUUCACGUUAGUGACGGUGAAACGUGUGCCUGACUCCAUGAGCUAGUAAUGAGUUUCGCUGUACAGAUGUGCUUUCUAGGUAAUGCCCUAUUCUUAUAUGCAAGUGCCUCUAUUAUUUUAUCCUUGGUGGCAAUGAGAAGAGAAAUGCUGUUGUAGUCUAUUUUGCAAGCGUUCUCUUCUUCUUAGCAUGGGUCAGUCUCCUCCCUAAAGUCUCUUUUCCCUUCCCUUUUCUCUGCUGAGUCCUCUUAAUCAUUCCAGUGUCCACCAAGAACUUUUGUGUGUGUGAGUUUUUUUUAAGCUAUUUAAGACUUCACAUAAAUAUUGAACACUGGUGGGUGCCACAAGAGAUGGCUGGUUUGCUCAGCCACUGGAGGUCAGCAAAGUAACAGGAAAAAGCUGGGACUGACCCUUUUGUUACGGCUGGUCAGUGUAAGUGGGCAAGGCCAUAGCUCAGAAAAUUCCUUAAAUGAUCUUUUUUUUUUUUUUCAGAGCAUCCAGUUUGACAGUUUUUAGGGCAACUGGAUGGUUAAGUCUUCUGCAAAAGAGGCCUCAAGCUCUCGAGCACCACACUGCUUUUAUUAGUCUUGCAGUUUGCACUGUGCAUAAGUAGGAGGCUGCUCUGCCUGAGCUCAUGGCCAUUGCCAGUUCAAUGGAUCACUUCCCACUGCAGAUACAGCUGACUUCACUGUAUGAAAAUCAAAACUGGUUUAAUUCUCAAUACUUAAAAGACAGGCCAUUUUGCAAAACCCAAGCAAUCCCUCUCCUCUCCGAAUCCUACCGCACUAGUCGCCAUUCAAGCGUUGUCCUUCUGUUUGUUGAAUUUGGGCAUAUUGGUUCAAAUCUGACUGGGAGAUAGUCAUGUUUUCAUCUACUCACCAUGGUCUCAGUCAGGCCUCUGAAUUAAUUCAUCAGACAGUAUGACCAUAUCAAUUUUCUUGUCUCUGAUAGUCUAUGUGUGCAACCUUAAUUUGGGCAAUCCUUUAAAUUACUUCUAGGUAUUAUUUUGGGGAAUCUCUUGUCCUAUCACACACGUCACUUGGGGGUUUAUUAUAUUAAAUAUUACUGCUUUAUAAUAGGGAAAAUCUUUGUUUUGCCUGAGUAUAUUUGUGAUCAUUUUCCUUCAAGUGCCUUAGUAGAACAGGUUUCUCUGCUAGAUACUAGAGGCCAGAGAAUCUCCUGUCAUCUCCUGCCCACAGGAGCUGUCUGUCCCGAGUUGUUACUGCCAAGGAGCUGCCUGUCCCAAGGCAGUUUAUGGUGUGUUAGGUUCCCUGGCAGGGGCAGGGAGGAGGCAGGACCUCGCAGGUGCUCUGCCCGGCUCAGCAGGCCAAGGCAGGCCAGACAUGACCCAAGGGGGACUGCUGAGGUGCUGUAGGCCGCGUAGAGCAGUGGCUGUGUGCGCUCUGUGCCAAGGGCAUGGGGAAGGCGGAGUGGGGGAUAUUUGGGGAGGAUGCCAGUCCAAGUGCUUUUUAUUAGUUCAGCUGUAUUACUUGAGGUCUUCACCUUCUGCCAGUGGACUUUCCAGUGAUGACAGACUUGGUGCUGUAGAAUAAUGUGCGUGUAUGGACAGAGCAGGUCAAGGCCUUAUGUGCUACUUAAUUUCCAUUUCCACUAGAGGACUUAAAUGAUCCUUUGAAUCUUCAGCUGUAACGUUAUGCUGCCUGGCAGCACGAUUUAAUAUACACUAGUAAACGUCCCUUUUGGCCUAUAGCUUUAAAGCAUGUCUGGAUCUGUCAGGUCUUUGCUUCUAGGGAUAUAAGCUACGAAGGAAUGUAGGGCAUUAUGUUUUUGUAUAUGUAUAUUUAAAAAGCAUCAAGCACUGGACACAUGUCAGUUCUAACCUUGUUACCAGUGUGUAGAUAAUGUUGGGGGGUUUCCCCAGGCUAUUUAUAGUUCUUCGCUGCAUUUCUCUUAUUUUCUCUGUACCAUUCAAUAUUUUUCAGCAGCACAGACUACUAAUGGAAUAGGCUGCGGUUCUUAGGCCAGAUCCCAGCUGAUGCAAUGCAGCGUGCUUCUCCCAGCCUUUGGAGGCUGCAGAUCUGAUGAACAGGAAGGGGACCUCUUCCGUAUCUCUCUAUGUAGCAAUGUGUCUCAGUGUAUUCUUGAUUCUUCUAAUGUGGAAGUUGAAAAUUAAUCUAAAAACUUUCCUUUGUUGUGGGUUUUUUUUCCAUACUAAAGAGACCAACUCACGCCUUCACUUCCAUCCCCCUAAACUAUCAGUGGUGAAUUCUGUCUAGACGCAUUUAGAAUGUAGGUCAAGUAGAUGAAUGAUGCUAAUUGCUACGUUGGGAGGGAUUUCCACUGAGUAUUUGGGCUCUAGAUUCUAGCUAAUGCCAAGAGGCCAUUGUACAAAACCCACGCAGCUAAGAACAGAAGUAUACAGAGUAUUUUUAUACUCUUGGUGACUAAAAUAUUUCUUUCUCAAGUCACUAAUUAGAAAGGGAACGUUUUGUAUUCUGAAGGUGAAAUGGUAGGUCAGUACUUUGUAACUGCAAAAGUUAUACUAGCCUAUAUCGGUAGUUUUAGUGCUGUGAUGUGUUGCUGCUUUGUACGAUAGUGUUAAACAACUUCAGAGAUGGCACAGAUGAAUGACGUUGCUUAUGUGUUAAGGUCUUUCCAAAUAAGAUGUAAGCAUUCAGUCAAUGGGCCGGGAUAUUGUAGCUUUCUCACGGCCAAUAAAAUGACAGUGGGUGUUCAGGAAUAUGUUGAGGAUCCGAAUUAGUACCACAUUGCUUAGAUGAUCAGCAUCCUGUGGAGACUCCAGGACUGAGAGGGAAAUCACUAAUAUUUCUGGUGGUUUUCAUGUCAGGCCUUUUCCUGCUUUACCAAGGUGUAUAUCUGAAUUGACUUCCUAGAGUCAAAAAGAGUGCAUCUUACAGGGGGUUUGUGAUGCCAAAAUGCAGUUCAGCUAUUCUUAGUACCAGUAGCCUCUUCUCUGCCCUAAAGCUCAUCUUCAUACUUCUUUCUUCGAGAGCUGUAACUGAAUAGAUGAGAACAAAACACAGGAAAGCUGGAUUUGUAGACCUAUUUUACAGAAAGAUGAAAGGAGAGAGGGCUCCUGGCACCACAGGGAAACCUCCUAGUUCUUGAUUCCAUAAAUUAGCAGUGAUACUCUGGUUCAUUAGUUCCUCCUUUGUUUUAGCUUCACUCUUCCCCUUGCUCUUAAAUUCUGUGCGGUCCUAUUUAUGGAUAUCUGACCUUUAUGGUAUAUGCCAUUUUCCCUUCCAACCAGCGGGUAAAAACCCUUUUGCACUUUAGCAGCUUGUAAUUAAAGGAGCAGAAGGGAGAGAGGUGGGGAAGCAGGUGCAAGUAAUCAAUUUCUUUUAACAGAACUCAGCUCGUAUCUUCCUUUGCCAUCUCAGAUUUUAAUUCAGUGGUGCUGAUGUAAUGGCAUCUUGCUUUCUACAUUUGGACAGUUAGCAACGAGUGUGAGCGUGUGUGUAUCUGUGCACGUGUGCUUGAUGAGCAAUUAAAAGCAAACCCCAAAAUGCAGAGUUGUUUUUUUAAUGUCAUACACAUCGCUAGAUAAAGGCAUCUACCUGAACACACAGGGCACAUUCCACUUGGCAACAGAAAGCCCAGGCGUUUCUCUCUGAAACCUCUUCACAUUCCACAUGACCGAGCACUCGUAAAACUGUCGUGUGAAUUGCUGUCCAAAGUCUGUCCUAUUGCAGUUGUUGACUGAAAGCUGUCGCAGCGUCAUUUUCUGUGUGUGCAUAGACUAUCUGUAGGACAGCUCUGGCUUGGUACAAGAAAAAUUAUUACUUUAGGCUUUAUUGUAUCUUCUGGUGUAAUUUUUUUGUUCUGAAGAAUUAGAGCUUUGAUUGCUUAUUCUUUUUUUUCCUUUUUAAAUGGUGUAACUUAGCCUUAAAAAGUCAACCCUGGGAGCUGACAGCUCAAGGAAAACAAUUUGUUGCAUUGGUCAUCUGACAGAGGAUCUAAAGAUCUCCCUUCCUCAGGAGCCCCAGUGCCCUAACAGAGAGAAAGCAGUUUGCUUUCAGAGAGCGAAAUGUCAGUACAUCACAGUUUCUCUGAGAUUCGCUGGUCCUCCGAAAUGUAAAUUACCUGGUGUUACCCUCCUGGAGAGAAAUUAGUAUCCAGGGCCAAAGCCAUUGCCUUGGGCCAUACAAAACAAUACCUUGUGAUUCUGAGUCACUCUUCAUGUGACACCCCUGAGGCAUUUCAGCUGAUUUUUCCUUCUGUUCAUGUGAAUUCAGUAUAGGUUUGUGCAAACACAACCAUUUUAAGAUUAAAAGGGCGGUGGUACUGGUGCAAAAGCAGCCCACCCUCUUAAAUGCCUUGGUGAGCUGUAUAGGAGCCUCUUCUGACUGCAGAUAUGUGUUGUUUUGCCAUAAGCCUGUUUAGCUGUGUGUAAGCGUGCUCAAUGGCCACUCUAUUUUUGUACAAGUGCUGUCAUCUGGAUGCGGUCCUACCUGAUUGUUCACGCUGCAAAUGUGUCCACUGGCUGGAAAGAAAUUGCUGCUUUUCCUUUUUAAGUCACCUGCUUGAUUCUACGAGAGAACAGACUACCUGCUUUUUGUAGCCUAAACAUGUAUGUAGCAAAAUAUGUUAUGCUUUUCGUUUCUUGCAAAUAAAUAUUUUCUGUAGAAAAAGCCAA